AUGUUUGCCUAUGACCGUCUGGCACUCGAUCUGGCAGUCUUUAACUUGAAAGAUGUUGAUUCGGGAAAUUCGUCGUCAAGCGAAAGAUCAUCACCCCCGACACGCAUCAUGUCACAGAACAUCAAUGAUGAGUCAGGAAGUAGUGGAUACGGUAGCCCGACACGAACACCUUUAGCAUCUCCAUCCAACGACAUAUUCAGCUGUAGGUUUUUUUUGAAUAGACUCGAAAAUUUUCAAAUGAUAAUUGCAGCCGUUCUUCCACUUCAAGUCCAACGUGCCUUCUCAGCUCAAGGACCGGAAGACAUUGCUCGUCACUUUGGUGUUUCACCGGCUCCACAGACCAAGCAACCAGUUCAAGAAGUUCAACAACAAACUCAAGCUCAAAACAAUCUGAGCACUGCGCAGGCUCUUGCCGCAGAAGACGGUUUCUCUUUAGCUGAAAUUGCUGGAUUUGCAGAGCUCUUGUCUUCUCCAAAGAAGACACCACCACCACGCUAUCAAUGCCACAUCUGCUAUGCAACCGGUCAUCAUUACAUCUCGGAUUGCCCACAACGAUUCAAUUCUCCGUACGACGAAUUGACACCAUACCAAGGUAGAAAGAAGUGCUACGGAGAGUUCACUUGCCAACUCUGCAAACGCAAGUGGAACAGUCAGAACAGUGUUGCCAAUGAGCCACAGAGCUGCAUCAAGUGCCAUGUUCCAGUUUUCCCACACAAACAGCUCCCUGUUGAGAAAGCCGUGACACUAGGACUAAUCAAGGCUCAAAAUGUGACCAAAGUUGCUCCAAUCGGACACGGAAGACCUCCAGCAAGAAAGCAUGAAGAGAUAUCACGCCGUCAUUGA